GCUAUUCCUCCCUACCAUAUCCCCAUGGGACAAAGGACCCAAUAAUGACGAGAGCAUUCUCCCACGCGGCACAUUGUGAUAGAGAUGUCGCGGUGGCACCACGAGACUCAUUAAUCACUGGUCCAGGAACGGCCGAGACAUCGCUGAACACGACUCCUGCAGCUAUGCCGGCCCUGGUAUACCGAGUAAACAAGGUCUAGACAAUAGGCUCGACUCUUCGGUGGGGGGCGCAAGCGG